UACGUCUCGAGCGAUAUUGGUUGAACAGUUUUAAUACCAUCGUGUUCGUUUGUAGUUGGAAAAGACGGAAAAAGUGUAUAACGGAGUCUUAGUCGUCGUCGUUGCAAAAUAUAACCUCUUAAAUAAAAUGAUACAAUUUUUAUCUGGAUCGCUUAAAGUUUUGUUCUUUCGACAAAUUUGACUUAACCAAACUUGAAUUGCUUUAUUAACGCGGUAAUAAACUAAAUAUACGCAUCAUGAAAGUUAUCGUGAAAAAACUUCAGGGAAAAGAAUAUAUUAUCGAUAUUAUGCCAACAGAAACUGUCCUACAACUGAAACAUAAAUUAAGUGACCUUUUAGGCAUUGAGGUACCACAACAAAGAUUAUUGCUUACAGGCAAAACAUUGGCUGAUGAACAGCCAUUAAGUUUUUAUCCAGCAAUUAAGGAUGGAAGUAGACUUAACUUAGUUGUUAUAAAGAAAGCAGAAGAAGGACCAAGUGAGGCUAAAUCUUAUCACAAAACUGGAACACAAAUUUUGAGAGAUGAGGUUACCAGAGUUUUAAGGCAUUAUUAUACAGAAUCUGAAGCAGAAUCAAUCGUUAAUGAGUUAAUAAAAGACUUGAAGAACAAAGUAAAUAACCUUAGUUACGACGACUUGGAAAGAUUCGCAACAGCAUUAUUACAGGACCAAGAAAAUAUAGCUUAAGAUUAUUUCAAUUUUGCAAUAUCGCUUAUCAAUCGAAUAUAACUUUAUUUAAUCGAUAUCUUGCCUCAUUGUACCCCACAUUCGAUAGUAUUUAAGAAAGAUAAAUAUCAUAUAUAUCAUCGGGAAAUGUUAAUUAAUUUUUUCUUUUAUAUUUCUUCUUUUUUAUUGUUUUACGGUACAAUCGCGAAAAAAAGAAUAUACGUUUACAACAAUGAUCUAAUAUGGAUCAGCAAGAUCCACUUGACGGUAAUAUCUUGCUACCAGACAUAUGAACAAAUUUAGUGCUCUUAUUUCGUGUUCUUCCAACUUUUUCUAAAUAAACAGAAAUGUGUAGCAUUA